GUCUUUUCUUCAUCCCCUACUCAUCGCCCGUGAUGUAGUAACUCCCGUCACACACGAAGGCCAUGAAUAACUCAGCUGUGUGAAGGACGAUAAUCCCUUUGAAUUUUCGUGAUGGUUAACCAUGCAUCCUAUCAAAUAAGUCUCUGAAUGGUUUUUGGUUUUCGAAAUGGUCUUGCUGAUGACGCAGGUUACGAGCAUUAACGAACAAAGACAGUAGGCAACAAUUCAGAACAAUCAGGAUUCACGAUAUGGCAUUGUGAACUACAAACAAAAUCAAACACGCGAACCUGUGAACAAUACUUUGCUCCGUUGGAGUCAAAAUAUUGCGAGCUAGAAGAUUAAAGAAAGAAAAUUUGAAGGAGCAAGGACAUCAACAUGUGCAUUGUGUUCCUAUACUUAUGCAGGGAGCCAAACCCUGAUAGAUACCAUCUGAUCAUUGCGUCAAACAGAGAUGAGUUUUAUUUCAGACCAACGGCCAGUGCCAAGUUUUGGAAGGAAUAUCCAAAUAUAAUUGCAGGCAUGGAUCUUGAGCCAGGGAAAAAAGGUGGAACAUGGCUUGGUAUAACAACUGAUGGUAAAUUUGCAGCAGUCACAAACUACAGACAGGCACCAAAAUUCAUAGAUCCCAAAGCAAGAGGAAGAGGCCAUCUUGUGCCUGAUUUUUUGAAAGGAAGUGGUGAUGUUCAGAGUUACCUUGAGGCAGUGGGUAGUGAAGGUGAUAAGUACAAUGGAUUUAAUCUUUUGGUGGGGAAAUUGUCACAGAAUGGUGAGACCAAGAUUGGAUGGUACUGUAAUGUUGAAGACAAACAGGUAACAAUGUUGGAACCUGGGAUUCAUGUGUUAUCAAACAAAGUGUUAAACUGUUUCUGGCCCAAAAUGGCCUAUGGAAGAGAAAGAUUUGCUGAAAUCCUUGAAGAAACUUCCACGAAAGAAGAGCUUGUUGAUAAACUUAUGGACCUGUUGAGUACCAGACAAAGGCAUUUCAGCUGUGGUGACAGCAAGAGUUUUUUGGGUCCUCAAGAUGAAGGAGGCAAUGAAAAUCUGAUCAAUGCCUGUCGAGCAAUCUUUGUCAACUGCAAAGAGUUGAAAUAUGGAACAAGAACCAACACAGUGUUGUUAGUUGAUAAAGAUGGACAUGCUACUUAUGUUGAGAGAACCAUGGAUGAGAAUGCCUCUGACCCUGAUGAAGCUGACUGGAAAGUAAGCACCUAUGAGUUUAAAAUUACUGAAAAAUCUGGCAACUGUGCAGAUAACAAGUCACCUAAGGAGAAUCUAUCAAAUGGAACAAGUGUGCAUGUUGAAGGGAGGGAAGAAUCUACGCGAAACAAUCAUGAAUUCCUGCCACAAAACCAUUCAAAGAAGAAACGAUCAGUGAAUGAAAACAGUUCACCCGUGGAACCAGCCAGAAAAGUAAAAAAAAAAAAACGGUAAAGAAUGAACAUGUUGUCAAAGGUGGUUUUCUCAUAUACCUGACAAA